CUGGACUGUGAAUUGCUGUGACGGCAUGACGUCUUAAAAAGAACCCAUGCCCCCCUAAGCCGGAUUCCUCUUGCUUCAAAAGGCGCGAGGCUCGACAAUGUUGGGCGCAUUGUCCUGAAGUGAGGUGUCGAGCACCCCAUACGACGACGAUGUCACUCGCGACCUGCACUUCUCAAAGUUGGGCCGAACAUGUGACUCAAUAUUUGGCCGACUUCCUACACGUUCUGUCUCCCGAGGGCCAACUAGUUUACAUAUCUCCGUCUUGUUCCUCCAUUACCGGCUACGAGCCUGCUGACUUGCUCGGCUGCUUUAUUGGCGACCUCGUACAUCCAGACGACAAUGUACUUAUGACCGAGUUCUUCGGCACCAUCUUCUUCGCGAAAACCACACGCGUCAUCUAUCGAUUCCUCAAGAAAGACAAGACCUGGCUGGUUUUGGAAUCCAGCUUUACUCCCAGCACCAAGACCCCAAUUUGUCGAACCGAAUCGAACCCUUUGGCAAGGUUUCGUCCUCACGUUGUAGUCCUGGCACGACCCUACCUGACCAAGCAUAACAUGAUCCUCGACUCUUUUCUAGAGCAUGCUGUUUUGUACCAAAAGCUGCAGCAGCAGAUUCGUUGCCUGAAAAGCGAAGAAAGGCCGGAUGAAGCAGAGGCAUUGAUAAACGCACAAAAUGAGCCUUCAUUUUCUGUGCACCAAGGGGUCAUUUCAGAAGUAAACCAAUCGCCUCAGAUCGAUUGCAACAUCUUUGUUGAAUCCCUGGCCGGUCCUGGCUCUGAACGUACUGUGGUUGGCGAUCUUGGUAUUCCGAUUCUGGCCACCUCGACUAGAGGUCAUGAGCGACCUGCCUCAUCGAUGCGACGUAGGAAGAGGCCCGAAGCCGAAGACCCAUUGAUUUGCCACUCCUGCGCAACCGUAAAAUCCCCGGAAUGGAGACGUGGGCCUGAUGGGCCUAAGACGUUGUGCAACGCCUGCGGAUUGCGCUGGUCAAAGGUCAUCGGAGCUACAAUGAAGCAAAAGGCAGAUAUACCACGGAAGAGAAAGUAA